AUUCACAAAUUUCACAGAAAGAAAAGACAUGGCUACUGCGAGAGCCUCAGUUCUAGCUCUCCACCCAGUGCGCAAUGCGCCCCGCAACUCCCCCACGGCCGCCUCCAAACCUGCGCCGCCACGUGGACUCGCAUUACCCGGGCGGAGACAGCUGGCGCUGUCGCUGACGUGGACGGCGGCGCUGGCGGCUGUGGCGGUGGAGGCGAAGGCGGAAGACAUCGGGCUGUUUGGGCUCAAGAGGAAGCUGAAUGAGGCGGAGAGGGGGACGGAGGUGAUAGUGAAGGAAGGGUUCGAGGCGGCGGAGAAGGGCAUCGAAACGGCGGAGAAGGGACUCGAAACGGCGGAGGAAGGGGUGGAGGCUGUGGUGAGCUUUGGCGGGCUAGCGCAGGCUGGAGCGGUGGCGGGAGCGGAGGUUGUGGGGAUUUUGGUGGCGACUUCGGUCGUGAAUGGGAUUUUGGGGCCAGAGAGUUAGUUAGAAAUCGUGAGCUUGUUGUAACCUUAAUUUAUAGUGCUGAUUAGCUGCGUGGCUCUGUAAAAUUUAAAUCCAGUUUAAUUUAUAUCGUCAAGUUUUUAAUUAUA